AUGAGGUUAAAUUUUAGCGAGCCACCCACUCCGACCUUGAGUCGCCAAAACACUACAAUACAAGGCCAUCAUCAAAGGCGUGGCACCCAUCCUCAUCAGCUAUCGUCGCGUGCAAAGCCGAGAAGGUGGCCACUUGUAUUUCGCUUUAUCAAAGGUGCAAUCCAUGGUGCCAUAUUAGUCCCAGUCUCUUUACACGCACUAUUCACUGCCUUGAUUGUCUACUUGGACACCUAUGUUUUCGAGACUGUCGGUCUACCUAGCACCAUUAUCCCAUCUUUAUCCAUUGUCGUAGGUUUGAUGCUUGUGUUCCGAAACCAAACAUCCUACAAUCGAUUUUGGGAUGGACGCAAUGGAAUGAACACGCUAAACACCUGCGUGCGCAAUCUCGUCCGCACGAUCGUAACAAAUAGCUACAGCUCAAAGCGGGGACCACCCACCGCUGCAGAGCGUGAGGAUAUCGAGCGUACAAUUCGAAUUCUCAUGGCUAUCCCAUACGCCGUGAAGAAUCAUUUACGCGCCGAAUGGGGCGCUGCUUGGGUCUUUGGAAAUUCCGUCGAUGACAGUCUGAACAUACAUCCAUCUACCCUUUAUAACCCCGAAUAUGCCAACCUGCUACCUGCGGGGCUCGAGGGUCAUGAAGAUGAGGGGCUAGGUCUUCCUUUCCAGUUGACAUUUUUUGUUGAUGGAUUUAUCAAGCGUGGCGAGGAGCGUGGGUGGUAUCCUGCGCCUGGUGCGAGUCAGAUGCAGGCUCAGUUGAAUACCUUGAUCGAUGCAUAUGGAAAGUUGGAAACGAUUAAAUUGACCCCGAUUCCUGUGGCUCACUUGAUUCACCAAAAGCAAGUCCUCGCCCUGUUUGGCUGUGUUCUGCCAUUUGCUAUGGUAGAUGAAAUGGGAUGGUGGGCUAUCCCCAUUGUCAGCCUUGUUAUCUUCACACUCUAUGGUAUUGAGGGAAUAGGCUCCCAGCUGGAAGAUCCAUUUGGCUACGACAGAAACGACAUCAAGAUGGAUGCUAUUGUCGGUGACUCCAAGACUGAGAUUGAUGUUGUUUUGUCUGAGUGGCGCACGCACUCGAAAGCCAUGGAGACUUUGAGACAACAGCCCGCUGGUGCAGUUCAUGGUAAUUUAUGCUUGACACCCGAUCGAAAUGGAGCUGGAAACGGAAGUGCGGAUGGCAAGUAUACGCCCCCAGACUUGUUCUUGAGGCUGAGGCCUAGUACUGGCAGGUGA